AUGGGAAGUAGGAAAGAUAAAUCCUCAGCUCAGUUGAAAUAUCGGAAAAGAGUAUCAUGGGCUACCAACCCACUCCUUGUCGCCAAGGAAGGCAGACACGGCACACGCGCGCACACUCGUACACUCGCGCGGGCACUCAUAUACUCGCGUGCACACUCUAACACUCGGGCGCACAGUCAUGCACUCGCGGGCACACUCAUGCACCCGCGCGCACACUCAUACACUCGCGGGCACACUCAUGCACUCGCGGGCACACUCAUGCACUCGCGGGCACACUCAUGCACUCGCGGGCACACUCAUGCACCCGCGCGCACACUCAUGCACUCGCGGGCACACUCAUGCACUCGCGCGCACACUCAUGCACUCGUGGGCACACUCAUGCACUCACGGGCACACUCAUUCACCCGCGCGCACACUCAUGCACCCGCGCGCACACUCAUGCACUCGCGGGCACACUCAUGCACCCGCGCGCACACUCAUGCACCCGCGCGCACACUCAUGCACCCGCGCGCACACUCAUGCACCCGCGCGCAGACGUAUGCACUCGCGGGCACACUCAUGCACCCGCGCGCACACUCAUGCACUCGCGGGCACACUCAUGCACCCGCGCGCAUACUCAUGCACUCGCGGGCACACUCAUGCACUCGCGCGCACACUCAUGCACUCGUGGGCACACUCACGGGCACACUCAUUCACCCGCGUGCACACUCAUGCACCCGCGCGCACACUCAUGCACUCGCGGGCACACUCAUGCACCCGCGCGCACACUCAUGCACUCGCGGGCACACUAAUGCACCCGCGCGCACACUCAUGCACUCGCGGGCACACUCAUGCACCCGCGCGCAUACUCAUGCACUCGCGGGCACACUAAUGCACCCGCGCGCACACUCAUGCACUCGCGGGCACACUCAUGCACUCGCGCGCAUACUCAUGCAUACUUUUGCCCUCCUAUGA